AUGUUGGCGGGAAUGGUCACACCCCGUCUGGGAAGAGGAGGCAGCACAAACAUGGAAAGAAAGAUGGAGGAGCUCGCCGACCUCUCUCUUUCCUAAGUCCUAAGAUAACACGAUCUUUGGGGCACAUGCUCACCCCAAAGAUUCAACUGGCCAAGUCCCCUCGGCCUGUGAAACACCAUCAGUGGACUGAUAAGGAGGACAAGGCAUUGAUCCAGUUUUUGGAUCUAAGCCACCUUGAUCAGGAUGAAAAUGUCACUGACACAGCAUCCUGGCCAAUGAGGCACGCUAACAGUCCCUUUUGGACAGAGGCUGCAACAUCAAUCAAGACGGCAACCAGGAGCAGUGAACUUCUUUCAGCAAACACAGUGAGGAACAGGUGCAGGAAGUGGAGGACGAAAUUCGACGAAUCCCUUGAAGCUGCUGUGAAGUCUUUUGGUCUUGAGACGAAUUCAAUCAGCCGUGCAAAGAAAACCAAAGAAACAGUCAGCAGGGGAUGCCAGACAAAGAAGUUGACUGUGGACCAGCAAACACAAACUGAACAUAGCUGCCAGGAUGAUGUCACAACAGUACUGUCUUCUUGCAAGGCCCUGACCCAAUCAGAAUUUGAUUCUUUCAUGCUUAUGCUGCUUCCUCAAAUCGUUCAAUCAUCUUCAGUUCUAUCCUUUGGUGAUAAACUGUUCUCAGUUGUAGCUACAGCAAAGAAUAUUUCCACAUACCCAACCGACUUCUUUUCAAAGUCCAUCAAUGCCAUGUCCACCCUACAAGAACACAACAAGCCCAACAUCCUGUACAAGUUUGCCCACAUCUUGAGCACCAACAGGCCUGGCACCUCCACACCUCUGCUCCAAAUUGACAGGAUGCCAUUUGGAUUACUACAAUACCAGAUGGAGUUCUUCUUAGCCACACAAUGUACAUCAGGUUAG